AUGCCUGCUCUUAAGCCGAGUUGUCGGAGUCUGGACGUGAGGGGGCUGGCAAGUCCCAGUGGGUUCAGGGGCAUGCAGCUGCUGCCCGCCAAGAACAAUGUCAUCAUCCGCUUCCCCAACCGCUCCCUGCCUCUUCCCCUCCAUGCUGCGCUGUCCAAGCCUCUGGUGGGUCCUUCGGGGUUCAGGGGCAUGCAGCUGCUGCCCGCCAAGAACAAUGUCAUCAUCCGCUUCCCCAACCUCUCCCUGCCUCUUCCCCUCCAUGCUGCACUGUCCAAACCCGGCAUGGAGGCAUGUGUGCCAGCGCCCGAGCACUACAUGGUGGCAUUCCACUACGGCUCCGUGGGCAUGGAAGCGUGUGUACCAGCGCCAGAGCGCUACAUGGUGGCAUUCCACUACGGCUCCGUGGUGUUCUUCAACUUUGACCGCACAGAGGAGGCGCUCGCCCUCGAUAUAGUCACGCAGCACUGCACUGGGGCGUUCAAGGAGGCACACAGCGACGCACAGGCGGGUCGCAAGGGGUGGAGUGAGGGCGGGCAUGACUGCGUGGCGGUGAGGCAGCUGAGUCGAAAUCUCCUUUUACUGUCUUCCCUGUGUGUUCCCCUCUGCGCUGCCCCCCAUGCUCUCCCAUUCCCACACCACACAGAGUACAGUGUGAUCGCUCGGGCUGGUCUAAAAGGAUGGAGCGAGGGGGGGCAUGACUACGUGGCGGUGCGGCAGCUGGACGUGAACAACAUUCGAGUCAUCUCCAGCAUCCUCGGGCAGAGCGUGGCACUUGAUCACUAUGCACGCAAGGUGGACGAGAUGGUGAACACGUUCAGUGAGCUGAAUCGGGGCAUGGAGCAGAGCGGAACCUUCACCAUGACUCGCAAGAAGCUCUUCCAGCUUGUUGCCGCCGCCAACACCACCCUGGCUGACGUCAUCCUCAGAAUAGGGCUGCUGGAGAGAUCUGACACAGCGUGGCGGCAUGCGGAGUACUCCAAGAUCUGGGAGUUCCUGCGGGACGACUUUGAGCUCGACGAGCGCUUUGAGAGCCUCGACUUCAAGCUCAACAUCAUCCAGCACAAUGUGCGGUUCUUCUUGGAUAUCCUCCAAAACCGGAAGUCAGAUACGCUUGAGUGGAUUAUCAUCCUGCUAAUUGCAGGUGCCACGGGGACAGCCGAAGAUCUCUGGGAUGAAACGAGUGCUGACGUGGAUCCUCUGCUGCUGGAGGCUGGAUGGGGGGAUUAUCUAAAGUGGAUUGCGGAUUCAGGGGGGGUGAAUGCGACUACGGCGCUUCGAGCAGCCACGGGGAAAGGACCCACAAAGCUGCUGAUGCUGAAGCAACGGUUUGUGCCCAAGCCACAACAGACAAAGCAGGAGGGGGAUGAGAAGCCUGCAAAAGCUUCUAACGAGGAUGAGUACAUUUUCCUGCCGUCCCUGGUUACCACCCGCCCAUUCUUUGGAAACAGCUGCUCUUCUCCCUCCUGCUGCACCGUGAUUUCAGAGCCGCCUCACAAGUCACCUUGUUCUCUGUUCCCCGACUCUCCCAACCUCUCCCUCCUUCCCAUGCAGGUUCCUGCCAUCCCUGCCUCGCUUGCUGUCUGCGCCCUUUCCCACCUCCACUCAUUCUCUUCCUCUUCCUCUUCCUCUUCCUCCUCCGCCUCCUCCUCCUCCUCCUCGUUCGCCUGGGCGCCAUUCCUCCACCUGCUGAUUCACCUGAAUGCGGGCCAGCGCCGCGCACUGCCCAUGAUGCACGAGGGGGUGGGCAUGCAGCCGGAGGUGCCCGAGGCAGAAGCACUGAGGCAGCAAUACGAGGGCGAGUACACGGCAUGGCAACAAGCCACUGUCAAGAAGCCGCCAGCAUACAAGUCCCGCCGCAAGCCCAAGCCCAGCCCGUCCCAGCACGACGACAAUGCUCAGAACCCCACAGGGAUUGCUGGGAGUGCCGUGACUCAGGAGGAGUUUCUUGGUGCUGUCACCACUGCCCUCGUCUCUGCCAUCCCCCUGCCCUCCGCCGCCCUCCAUGCCACCACCAACCCCUCUGCGACACCCACUCGCGCUGAAAGGCAGUGCAGUGCGAGCGAUUAUUCUGCUGGUGCCCGUACGUGCUCAGGGGAUGAGACGCGGGGAGGAAUGGAGGAGGAUGGGGAGGAGGAAGGGGAGGGGGAUGGGAGGUAUGAGCUGGCGUUUGUGCCUCUCAUGCACCUGCUGGGGCGAGCAGGGAGAGGAUCCGUUGCAGAUAUAGUGCUGGCGGAUGAAGGGGUGGAGACAAAUGGGACGGAGACUGGGAGUGGGCAGAAGGGAGGGGAUGGGAAUGGGGAUGCGGAUGGGGAUGGGGAUGGGGAUGCUGAUGCGGAGGUUGAUGCGCCGAACGUGCAGUGGGAGGUGGUGGGGGGGUCGAUUCGUGUGGUUGCGACGCAGCCCAUUGCCAACGACGCGCCUCUGCUGCUGCCGCUGGAUGGCGGGCUGUCGGCCGCUGCCACGCAAGUGCCGCCUGAUUUUGAUCCUGAUGCAAUCGAAUCCCAGCUCAAGAUUGCAGAGAUCGGCGCGAAGAUUCUCCGGGCGGUGCGGAGGGUGAAGAGGAGGGUGGUUAAGGCGGUGGUGUGGGGGAGCAGGGAGGAGAGGGAGAGGCUUGGAGUGAGGGAGGAGAUUGUGGAGAAAGUGAGAGUGUGGGAGAUGAGGCGGGAGACGAGGGAGAGGAUGGGGUUGGAGAAGACACAGGGAGGAGGAGGGAGCGAGGAGGUGGGUGUGCGAGGAGAAGAAGGGGAGGAGGAAGGUGGGGAAGGGGAGGAUAGGGAGGAUGGGGAGGAGGGGCAGGGAGGGCAAGGGGGGCAGGGAGGGGUGGAUGUGUCAUGGUUGGAAGGGCCGGCGCUGCAUGUGUACUCGCUGGGGCUCAUGGACCCCGAGAUGGUGGCUUACCUCACUGCCUUCACCUACUUCUUCGCCACUAAGGAGGAGCCGCACUACAGCUUCUUUGCUCGAGUGAGCGUGGCCUAUGCGUGGAACCUCGACGGCAAAACCACCUGCACGCACAUGCCCCUCAUCUCCUCCUCCUUCCCCUCAUCCUCCUCAUCAUCCUCCUCCUCCAACCACUCCUCCAACCCCCUCCACAUCUCCCUCGCCGAGUUUCCCCAGCGGGACCACCUGCUCUCCGCCCUCACGCCCGUGCUGAGGCUGGUGGCGAGCACGCUAAGAGAGCUGGUGGAGGCGCACUUAGCUAAGUACCAGGGCUCGGUGCAGGAGGACGCCAUGUCGCUGUAUUACGUGCCCUUCUGCCGCGUGUGGCAGCGCGCUGGAGUGAAGCAGCCCGAAAAGAUUGUUAAGAUCUGCGAGCCGUGGAUGAUGACGGGGUUGGAGGAGGUGGAGCACGUGGUGCAGCGGCACCUCAACCAAAAGCAGCUGCUCGUGGAGGCCUCUGAUUGGCUGCUGCUCUCCUGCGACCCACGCUACGACCUGCACCUGGGGGAAACAAGGAGCUGGGCGGCAGGGGAGGGAGAGGGAGCGGGGGAUGGUGUCGAGGGGGAGGGUGAGGAAGGGAGGGAAGGGAAGGAGGCGAAGGGAGGGGAAGGGGAGGUGGAGCAGAAGAGGGGAGGAGGAGGGGGUGUGGUGGAAGAGGAGGGAGGGGAGGCAGGGGAGGUGGAGGAUGAUGAGGAGAGGAAGCUGAGGGCGUUUAUAAAGUGGGUGCAGCAGAGAGGCAUCAAGGAGUAUGGCACGGAUGAAUCACCUCUCAAGUUUCAUUUCUAUGACCAUCGUGACGUGGCACCCUCCUUGACUAACACCUCAGAUCCCUCUGCUGCCACCAACGCCUCUGCCAAGCCACAUGUCAGGCGGCAGAUGAGCAUGGUGGCGGGGCGGGACGUGCACGAGGGGGAGGUGCUGCUCACCAUUCCGCAGUCGCUGUGGAUCACAGCAGAGGUCGCAGCAGAGGAGAUGCCGCCCCACACAGGGCCGGUGAACACCCAGGUGGCCAUGGUGGCGUGGCUGCUGCGGGAGAAGGCACGGGGGAGGCAGUCGGAGUGGUGGCCCUACAUUGACAUCCUGCCGCCCUAUGUGCCACUGCCCCACCGCUUCCGUAACGACUCCCUGGACGAGGCUCAGUCCGACCUCCUCAAGCUACUGGUCCACCAACAAAGGGAGGUGGCCCUGAUGGAGUACAAGCAGGUGCGGCCGCCUGCCAUGGCGUUUGCAUCAUUCGACGACUACAUGUGGGCGCACUCCAUCCUCGACUCGCGCGCCUUCUCCGUCCCCAUCAAGGAGCUCUCUGGCCUCGACCUUGAAGUCGCCGCCGCGGGGGAAUCUCAGGACUUGAGAGGCGGGAGUGAGGGGGAUGAGAAGGAGAAGAGGAGGAGGGCGAGGGAGCGGCGGAGGGCGAUGGCGAACGCACCGGGGGAGCUGGUGGAGGCGGUGAACGAGGCGGUGGGGGUGCUGCACGAGUCGCCCCGCCGUGUGGUGCGCGGCGUGGGCAUGGCGCUUAUUACUGCGGCCGAGCUGCUGGACCACCAAAUCAACUCCUCCAUUCAGUACAACAUAACACAUCAAUUUGAGUACAUAGGCAUGGUCAACGUUUCAGCAGGAUCGGAGCUCGCCACAUCGUACGGCCCCAAGACCAACGACCAGCUGCUCGCCACCUACGGCUUCGUUCUCGAUGCCAACCCCUUCGAUGGCGCACCCCUCUUUGAGAACCUGACUGAGGCCGUGGGUGUGGUGGCGGCGCUGCUGGCGAAUGGUGGGCGCGGAGUAGGGGGUAGGAGAGGGGAAGGGAGCGGGAAAGAAGGGGAGGGUGACGGUGGUGUGGUGGUUGGCGUGCUAGCAAGUGAAGGGGCGAGGGAGUUGGAGGAGAUUGGGGGAGAAGGGGAGAGGAAAAGGGAGAGUGAGGUGUAUUCGGGGGAGGUGUAUCCGGGGGAGGUGGAGCUGAAGAGGGCUCUGGAGGAGAUCUGGCUGACUGAAGAGCCGCCGGCUGCACAGGCAGCUGACGGUGCUGAUGGCAAGGCUCUAUACCGCGAUCUGCUGAGGGUGGCAGCAAAAGCAGUAGCAGCGGUGGUGGCGGAGGGAGAGGAUGGGAACUACACUGACGUGCUCAAAAUGCCCCAGUAUAACCUCAAGCAGCGCGUGAACGAGGCCGCGUGGAAGCGAGUGGGCAGGCGCAGCAAGGGGGAGAGGAGGAGGACGGGAGCCUCUGGGAGCGGCGGCGGUGGUGGUGCUUCUGGUGUUGCUGGUUCUGACGGUGGGCGUGGGGGUGAUGGUGUGGAGGGAGAGAGUGGGGACGAUGGGGAGGAUGAAGAGGUAGAGGGGAGGAAGAAAGAUGAGAAGGAGAGGAUGGCUGAAGAGCAGGAGGUGGCGGUGUGGGCGUAUGGGGUAGUGGAGCCCACUCUCCUGGCGUCACUAGCAGCCAUGUGGCACGUCGUGCACUACGAGCAAGGUGCGUACGUGGGCCUACGCACCCAGCUGGCGUCACUAGCAGCUAUGUGGCGCAUCAUGCACUGCGAGCAAGGUGUGGGCAUGCCUGGUCAAGAGUGCUGGCCUCUGUGCUGUACGGUUGGGGCGUCUCUUCCAACAACAGGACCUGCCUGCACUCCCUGCCACGCAGCUCGCCUUUGUCCUUCCUUCCCCCUUCCUCUCCUCCCCCUUUCCCCACCAGAGCCCAACUAUGCUCAGCUGGUGCUUGAGCCCAACUAUUCUCAGCUGACGCUGGGCUGUGUGCUGUACGGUUGGGGCGUUUCUUCCAACAACAGGACCUCCUGGCACCUCCUGCCUAUCAAUCUGCCUUUUCCCAUCCCUCCCAUGCCCCCCUCCCUUUUUUCCCCACCAGAGCCCAACUAUGCUCAGCUGGCGCUGGGCUGUGUGCUGUACGGUUGGGGCGUCUCUUCCAACAACAGGACCUGCCUGCACCUCCUGCCAAACUACUCCACCCUUAUGCCUGCUGUGGUCGCCGCGGCCGACACCAUUCAUCUUCUAGCAGAGUACCGUCUGGCUCGGUACCCCACCACCAUGGAAGAGGACAACACUGUGCUUCGGAAGCUGCAGUCCUGCCAAGCCUGGGGCAAAGGCUUGGCGGGAGGCUCGGCAGGAGAAGGAACAGCAGGGACGGGAUUAUCCGGGGAGGGUUCGAAAUCCGGAAAGGAGGAGAGGGAGAACAGGGAGGAUCGGAAGGUCGAGGAAAAGGGCAAGGGGGGAACGGAGGACAAAGUAGAGGACAGAGAAGAGGGCAAAGAGGCGAGGGGAAAGGAGGAGUUUCAUGCGUGGUGUGUGCCUAUCUUACCAGUGGUGGAGGAGCGGAUGGUGCUGGUGAGGUACCGCCGGCACAAGAAGAAAGUGUUGCAAUCCGUGGCAUCCCGCCUCCACCGCACCUGCGUGCUCCCCUCCCUCACUGCUGCUCGUGCUGCUCCCCCCGGUGCUGGUCACGGUGCUGGUGGCUCGGACCGCACUGAUUCGCCUGAAGCUGAUCCAGCCGAAGCUGUGGUUGGGGAGAUUGCGUAG